UUAUGGAUGCCUCCUUACUUGCACCUGAAACAAGGUACUGCUUGUUACAGAGGCUAACCCAAGAUAAGAGAAAUGCUAAAACUCUUGCAGAGGCACUCAUCAAAGCAACCUCAACCCACCCUUUGGCCCCCAUGGCUAGCUCAGUGUCUCCUUGUAUUAAAAUCCAACCCCUUCAAAUUGCACUAUAUAGCCAUGUCUCCACCCCUUUGGUGGCCCACUUCAACUCAUCCAAAAGGAUGGUCAGCAUUGCUCGCCUGAAUUACCAACAUGGCGACGAUCACAUUGGUGUUUUUGGGUUUUGUUGUGGCCUUUUCGAUCUUCUUGUCACCAUCACAGUCGUCCACAUUCACCAUAGUGAAUAAUUGCCCACAUAUGAUAUGGCCUGGUACACUUGCCGGGGCGGGGACGCUGCAACUUCCGACGACUGGAUUUCAAAUGAAUUCUGGCCAAAGUGCUAGAAUUGUGGCCCCACUGGGGUGGUCUGGUAGGAUAUGGGCCAGGACAGGAUGCAGGUUCGACGAGUCUGGAGCUGGGACAUGCCAAACAGGAGAUUGUGGGGGGAAGAUGGAGUGCCAUGGCAUGGGUGCGGCGCCGCCUGCGACACUCUUUGAGAUCACACUCGGGAUGGGCAAUGAUGAUGAUUACUAUGAUGUUAGUCUUGUCGACGGCUACAAUCUGCCAAUCAUGGCCAUGCCUCGGGGUGUGAAUGGUGGAUGUAAUGCCACUGGUUGCAUGGCUGAUCUCAACUCGGGGUGUCCAAAAGAGCUCCAGGUUAUAGAAGGUGGGCCAGGUAGUGCAGGUGUGGUUGCUUGCAAGAGUGCAUGUGAAGCAUUUGGGUCAGAUGAGUAUUGUUGCAGUGGAGAGUAUGCAAAUCCAAGCUCAUGUGGGCCAUCUUACUACUCAAACAUCUUCAACAGAGCUUGUCCAAGGGCUUAUAGUUGUGCAUUUGAUGAUGCAACUAGCACUUUCACAUGCAAGGCCUUUGAUUAUACCAUCACUUUCUGCUCCACCAUCAGCAGGUGAGUAAGGUCAAAGGGUUUAUUAUCUACUCCACCACCCAUCCAAGGACACAAUAAUGGAGAAGCUGUGGCUGUGGUCUCAUCAUCACAUAGCCUCUCUUUCAACAUAGGUUUCCUUCUCCUUCUCAUCCUCUACUUUUAGGCCUCUCUAUAUAAUUCAUACAAGGUUUCUGUUGCCACGUCAUCGCCGAAAAGCCAUAGAGGGAGAAGAACAAAUUAACAAAGAAAUAUUUUGUAGAAGGUGCUUCUAGGCUGAGUAAAUGAAUUAAUUGAGGGUGGUGAUUCUCUCUAUUCAUGUAAGGGACCUUUGUCACUCUUGAGAAAGUAUUGAGUAGGAAAUGUAAUCUAUUUAUAAGGUGAAAUUUCCACAUUUAAAAACAUGGGUGAAGCAAUUUCCUUCUGGAAUCCAAUUCUAGCUUUUGCAUUGUUUUAGAAUUCAGGGGUGGAAAUGGAAAAGUUUAUUUCUUCUAUCAUUGUGCAGAAAUGGAGUUCAUUUUCAUGGUUCUUGUUUUUUUCGCAAUUGGAAAUUUCAGUCUCCCUACAAUCGUCGCUAUAUUCCUUUAUCAAUAAAUGUGUAUAUCUGAAUAAGGAUGGAAAUGUCACCUUGGAAUUUAUGGUUUUUCAUUGACAUCCUUACAUGCUUGCAUGUUGAAUCAAGGGAAAACUGUUUUGAAUGCUAUAGAAAUGUGUAUCUGAAUAAAGUGGAAGUUAGAAAGAUGUUUGAAUGCUAGAAACUGGAAUUCAGAAAGGACUUACUUGAUACUCUAGCUGUGUAUGACAUGAUACACAGGCACUUAGAAAUGGCACACAUGUAAAGUGG